UAUUUUCCGGCAUUCGCGUGCGGGUCGUGUCAUUGCGUCGUGUGCAUUCGGGCAGCGUUUGUUGAAGCAAGUCGGUGAAUUGCAAUGAAGUCGUGUGUUGUAUUAGCGGCUCUCGUGAGCCUGGCGUGUUUAGCCACCGCCGAGGUGUUCCUAGAGGAGAAAUUCGCUGAUGAUACGUGGGAAAAGAAUUGGGUAUACAGCAAAGCGCCCGGAAAAGAGUUCGGAAAAUUCGUCCUCACCGCCGGCAAGUUCUUCAACGAUGAGGAAGCCGACAAAGGUCUGCAGACGUCGCAAGAUGCGCGCUUCUACGCCCUCAGCAGAAAGUUUAAGUCGUUCGCCACCGAGGGCAAAGACCUCGUUGUCCAAUUCACCGUCAAACACGAGCAGAACAUCGACUGCGGCGGCGGCUACGUGAAAGUCUUCGACUGCUCGCUGAAACCCGAGGAGAUGCACGGCGAGUCACCGUACAGGCUCAUGUUCGGCCCGGAUAUCUGCGGACCCGGCACCAAGAAAGUCCACGUCAUCCUCAACUACAAGGAAAAGAAUCAUCUCAUCAACAAAGACAUCCGUUGCAAGGAUGAUGUCUUCUCGCAUGUGUACACACUCAUUGUCCGUCCGGAUAACACCUAUGAGGUGCAAAUCGAUGGCGAGAAGGUCGAGAGCGGAGAUUUAGAAGCCGAUUGGGAUAUGCUCCCGCCCAAGAAGAUUAAGGAUCCCGAAGCGAAGAAACCUGAAGAUUGGGAUGACCGUGCAACCAUUCCGGAUCCAGAUGAUUCCAAACCAGAAGACUGGGAUAAACCAGAACACAUCCCAGACCCAGAGGCUAAGAAACCCGAAGAUUGGGAUGAUGAGAUGGACGGUGAAUGGGAACCCCCACAGAUCGACAACCCAGAAUACAAAGGAGAAUGGGCACCGAAGCAGAUUGAUAACCCAGCGUACAAGGGCGCAUGGGUGCAUCCGGAAAUUGAUAAUCCCGAAUAUUCUCCCGAUAGUGAGCUGUAUAAACACGAUGAGAUCUGCGGAAUUGGUCUGGAUCUCUGGCAGGUUAAGUCCGGAACCAUUUUCGAUGAUAUCCUCAUCACUGAUGAUGUUGCCUACGCCAAAGAGGCUCUGUCUGGACUCAAAGCGCGUCAGGAUGGCGAGAAGAAGAUGAAGGAGGAGCAGGAUAAGGCUGAGCGCGAUGCUGCUGCCACUGAGGAAGAAAAGAAGGAGGAUGAUGAUGAGGAUGAGGACGAGGAUGAUGAAGAUGAUGAGAAACCAGUGAUUGAGAAUCACGACGAGUUGUAAGAAGUCAUCACCGCCAGCAGUUUGUUAAGAGAAAGUGGGGUAAACACAUGAAGGAGAAAAGACUUUUUAUAUCUUACCGUGUGAAGUUUUUUUGGUUAGUGUGUAUUGUUUAUUUUGACUGAUUUUUGUUAUUAAGAUAACCGCGUCUUCGUAUAAAACCUAAAACACAAAACAAAAGCUAAUCACGGCCGAUGAUGAUGAUGAUGGGGACGAAUUUUACACGCACGAGUCCUGGAAAACAACGGCGCGCGGCCGGCGCAAAUCAUAACAACCAAUACUGUCAUUUCUUUGGUUAUAAAAAAAAACACAUUGAUGCAUAUUAUGUUUACAUUUGUAAAUAUUGAAUGAGAAUUUAAUACAGCCAACAAAUAAAUUAUUUGUAGAAAAACUAAACAAAA